AUGGUAGAGCAGAGAUUUACCAUUCUAGGACGAGUCUACACACUAUCUCAGAAGGAGGCAAGAGUGUCAUUGAAUUUGAUAAAAGAGAGUUUGGGACUUCCUUUACAUGAAUUGCCUUAUGUGAUUAAAUUGUCUACGCCAUCUAGGUCGUUUGAUAUGACCAAUAAGGCAUGUUUGAAUAUAGAAGUAAAGUUUGAAAAUCAUUCGACCACUCUAGAUUUAAUCCAGAUUCCUAUAAAAGGUUUGGACGUGAUUAUCGGUAUGAAUCAGUUGAUGGCAAAUAAUGCCACCUUGAACUGUGCUAGGAAGAUAGUUUUGUUACCUGUACAUACUACACUGGUUAAUAUUCCUAGCGAGUCUAAGCUUUUAUUAGUGGUACAAGCAGAGAAAUUGAUGCAACAAGGGUGUAUGGCUUAUAUAGUUUUCUUCUCAGUGCAUGGGGUCUACGAUAGAAGUAUUGAUAAGAUUGGGGUAGUGAAUGAAUUCCCUGAGGUAUUUACGACUGAAAUGUCCGGUUUACCUCCAGAAAGGGAAGUGGAGUUCACCAUAGACCUAGUGCCAAGAACUGAACCAAUCUCAAAAGCACCAUAUCAGAUGUCACUAAUGGAGUUAGCUGAGUUGAAGAAGUAA